CCAGUUAAGCAAAAUAGUAAUUAACAGCUCCGUGGGUCCCAUGCAGCAGCAGAGGUAGCUGUCCGCCAGGCCCACGUUGCCAUGCCUUUUUCAGGGCUCAGGGAGAGGUAUGUGAAACUCCUCCUGUGCUCCUCCUGCUCGGAUCGCACGCCCAGAAGAUAUUUAUCUAUGAUUGUGGAAAAUUGCUCACAUCUAAAAAAGCCACUCAAUAGUGAAGUACACAGAGAUUCAUCUCUUCUGAGUAAAUGAAGAAAGUGACUAUGAAGGCACAGCAUCUGCCUUCUGUUUUCAUCAAUGAAGAGAAGUUUGUAACCAGAGAGCAGCUCAGUUCUCUUCUGAAGAAUUAUAACUCUUACUAUUCAGAUCAAGAGAAUCUGCAGCUGAGAUAUAAUCAGCAAGAAGGAAGCACACCAUUCAUUGAAGGAAUCCUCUCAAUAUUCUGGGGAGUGCAACAUCCUAUCCGAUUAAAAAUUCAGGAUGAGAAGCAGAUACCCUCUUUUGUAACCCUGAAGUCAACGGAGAAUGCAGGUUUUUUCCCUAGUAAAAGGGGAAUGACUCGCUGGGGAGAAUUUGAUGACCUCCAUCACAUUAGUGGGGAUACACUGAAGUCUACUGAGGAACAGCCAGACCUUGAGCAAAGUUAUCCAUGUUACGAAAGUCACACGCUGAAGUCCAGGAGGGAGCAGGAGCUCGACUGUGCCACCCUGCCCCGGACCAGCAGUGAUGCCACGGCCGUGCGCAAGAGGACCAAACUCCCUACAAUAACCAGGACAGAAGUAGAAACUCACAGGUUCUCAAUCAACGGCCACUUCUACGACCACGAGACGUCAGUUUUCACUCCGGCUUUUGGGUCAGAAACGAAAAUAAGAAUCAACAGCCAGAUGAGAACCAGACAAGUGAUAGAACAGUUGCUUCGUAAGUUUAAGAUAGAAAACAGCCCCCAUGAAUUUGCACUUUAUGUUAUCCAUGCGUCUGGAGAAAAGAAGCAGUUGAGGAGUGGAGAUGUUCCCUUGCUUCACAGGCUGCUGCAGGGGCCCUCUGAGAAGAUUGCCAAGUUCUUUCUCAUGGACAGGGAUGUGGAAGAGAUUAGCAGUGAUGUGGCUCAGUACAUUUCAUUUCAUCUUCCCUUUUUGAAAUCGAUUCUGCACAGAAUAAAUGAAGAAGAGGAGCAGGAGAUUCAACAGACAAUUGCAAGGUACGUAAGAGAGAAGAGCCUGAUACAGCAACACCUUCACAGUCGAAGUGUUAAAAAAACAGAGACUACAGUAUGAUGGGAUGGCCCCUUAGGAACACCCAGGAAUGGCCCCUCCUGAACGCCUGGGCUGCUGAAGGGCAGCCCUUGCUGGACUAGGACUGAGGAGUGCAUCAGCCUUGGAGAGCACAAAGUGCUCUUCACCGUUAAACAACUGUGAUUGCCCCCACUCCUGCAGCACUGGGAUGCAGGCUGGAACCACCUAAGGAGCUGCACUACAUCGCCCAAACAACAGAUGCUGAAUCUGACUUGGAACUUAGCCAAAUAUCCCCUGAAAAGCCCAAGGCUUUAAAUCCUGCUGAUGUAUGACCUGGUCCAAGAGGCUGGCAUAGAAAAAUACUGCAAUAACCAAUGUGCUGAUAGAAAAUAUGCAGAUUAGGAAUAUGGUUGUCCCUCUCUUUGAGAAAUAUUAGCAUUAAUACAUUAGCAGAAAGCUUUUCAGUAGAGCCAAGUGGCAGAAGAUAUUUGUGUAUUUAAAAUUGCAGGUAGAAUUUUCAUGUAAGUUAUAAAAUAUCCAUGCAAGACACCUGAAAUCCAGUGACUUCAGGCUGGUGGAUGCUGAAACUGCUUAAGCUUUGAUCUACUGUUAGAAAAACAUAACUGGGAACCCUCCCACUUAGGAACUGCACAGCUCUUAGCAAUGACAGGGAAUUUGUCACUGAAAUACCUCGUGGACUACAAAGUAAGAACUGACUAAACACUCUAGGGUCCUGAAAAGCAUCUUGGUGGUUUUUGUAGUUGGAAUAAAUGAUUGUGUUCCUUCCUGUAUUUCUGUUUGAAAGGGAAUUGAGAAGUGCUCAGUGAGAGGCUGCAAGUUACAGCUGCAGAGGGUUGGGCUCAAGGCCUCCCAGGGAUGCAGUUUGGGUCCAACCCAGCCCCACACAGGGCACAGCAGCCAACUGUCGGAUCCUUUCUGGCUGAGUUGUGUUGAAUGUUAGAGCUCAGAUUAUAAAGACGUGAAUAAAAUAAAUCUGUGCACAGUU